AUGGAGGCAAUUCCCCCCGAGUACGACAAGGAAACUAAGGAAAGGAUUUACCGUCAGGAAUGGCUGGAAUAUUUUAACUUCAUUGGCUGGGACGCGGCGAUGCGAGAUCACCCGGAACAGUUUUACGCCAUUUUCCCGAACAACAGCGGCGGCUCGUCAUUUGCAGCCAACAACGGUGCAGGUGGUGGCCCCGAUGCCAUGUUAGCACAUGACAUGCUAGGUGCGCUCGGCCCUCCGCCCUUUUCUGGCGGCCAACAGCAACACCACCACAACCAUCACCGACCUGUUGCGGGGGCCAACUACAACAACUCCGUGCUUGCCGCGCCGAGCAUCACAACGGCGGCGGCGGCGGCGCAGAUGUUUCUUGAUGAUAGUGGGAGCAGCACUGGCAGUGAUCGAUCUUCCUCAUCGUCUCUCUCCUCGUUUACUGGAUCAUCGUCGAGUGCAAGCGUUGCGUCAGCGCGACCCCAGCAGCGACAUCGUCGUGAUGUGGGCGAUGCGGAGGGUGAUGGCAGGAAAAGGAAAACCUCGUCGCACCGUCGCCGUCGCAGCCGGAGCGGUAGCAACAAUAGCCGACACCGCACUCACCGUCGCCAUAAGUCUCAUCGUCGCAGUCCUCGACGCGAUGAAACGUCAAGGAAAAGGCGUGAUGAAGAGCCUAGCGGACGCCGAAAACGCGAAAGGGGCGAUGAAAAAGAGGCAAGGCGGCAUCAGCGACGACCGCGCGGUAGUCACCACCCAGAGGAGGAUGAAGAGAGACGACGGCGUCAUCGCCGCCACGAGGAUUCGAGCUACCACCGGCAGUUAUCCGACAGAGAGAGGGAGAGGGAGAGAAGGAGUGAGCGAGGGCACGGCAGGGAGAGAACAACCGCCGCCAACGUCAGUAGUGUCUCGAACGACGCAUAUAGAGGACGGUAUGUUCUAAAGGAGGAGCGCGAGAGACGACGUGGCAGAGGUGGUGGGAUUGGUAGCAGCGGGCUAGGAAAUACCGAUCGGUACGAGGAUCGUAGGGAGGAUGCCCGCCAACGCCGGCAGCGGGAGAUGGAAGGAAGGCGCAAGAGAUAA